AUGGAUGUAAGCUCACUGGUACCAGCAGGUUUUCAAGCGGGCCAAGUGGAUCUGUGCGAGGUCCAGGCUGGUUACAAUAAAUUCUCCGAGAAUUUGAGAAAAUUCACGCCGCAAGCUAUACAGUGCGCGAUCUUUUGCGGCGGUUCCAGAUGCAAAUAUGAAAACUCGAAAGCAUGGCCGCCAGUGCACAUGGCGAUACAGAACAUUUUUUCGCAUUGGGUAACAGACGACGUUCUUGCGAUGGCACGGCCGAACACCGCACAAAUAAUAAAAAAGGACAUAAUCGCACAGUUUCAAGGGUGGAGCAUAAAAACCAUAAUAAACCUGCAAACACCUGGCGAGCAUGCAAGCUGUGGUGGUCCCUUGGAAGAAAGUGGUUUUACUUACGACCCGAAUGUCUUCAUGAAACAUGGCAUUUACUAUUACAAUUUUGCAUUGAAGGACUACGGGGAUGCGACCAUGAGCAAACUUCUGGAUAUGGUCAAGGUCGUGGCCUUUGCUGUGCAAGAGGGAAGAGUGGCAAUUCACUGUCAUGCCGGGCUGGGCAGAACCGGCGUUCUGAUCGCGUGCUACCUUAUUUACAGUCUUCGUGUGCGAGCAAACGAUGCGAUACGAUUCGUACGUAUGAAACGACCGUCCGCCAUACAGACACGGGGGCAAAUACUUUGCAUCCAGGAGUUCGAGCACUUCGUGCUUCCACAGAUGAUAGUUUUCCCUUUGAGUAGCACAAUAGGCGAUCGCAAGCCUUGCAGUCUGCAGUCGCAUCUGAAAAAGCAGCACAACGUACUGCACGGAUACGAGCAACGUACAUUCAAAUAUAUUCCAAAGAUCGUAUUCACAAUUUGCGAGCGAAUUCUGCAAUUGUGCGACUGUCAAGAGGACAAUUCUCCAUGCGAGAUCAAGUAUAUCGUUUCUAGUACAUCUUUCACACAGAAAUUCAUAUCUCACGUUUUGGAGAAGCUGAGAGACAACAAGGGAAAUAUCAGACACUCUUACUCGUGGGCCGAGUCGCUCGCCGAUUCUUACGACUGUUCCAGUUCUAUGAAAGCGUGUGCGAGUGGUAGUCAGGCGUCUUCGAGAGGAACGUCCGAUGACAUUGGAAGGUUGAGCGACGUAUUUUGCACCUCUCCGGACACUCCAUCUUGCGAUUCAGCUUUCCCAGGUACUCCGCCUAAAAUGAAAUCGUUGAAAUUAGUAAAGAAGAUUAAAAGAAGGAAAGAAGGACGAGAUAAAUGUAGAGAAACAUUGUUUUUCACAGUGUUAGAUGACAAUUACGUGGACGACGUCCUCGGUGAUGGAAUCCACGGCCAGGAUCUUGUAGACAACGAUUGUUACAAGGAGAUUCAGUCUCACAUGGACUUGAAAGUUGCUGCUCAAAACGCAGCACUCGAGACAGUGAGCACCGAAGAAGCAAUUAGAGCUCUAAUCAGGGACAACGUUACUUUGUCUGACAAAAGGAAAAAACGCCUACAGAACUAUCAGAUGGACUUGAAUCACAGGUCUACGGCCUGGCAGAGACUUUCCAUGGAAACUGACUUGGAUAUUUUGUCAGGAUUGUUAUUCGAGUGGCUGGAGACGUUGAAACAUUCUUUACUGGACGUGGACAGUCUCAGUUACAUCGUCGUUUGGAGCUCUAAGCCUCAGAGAUGCCUGGAAAAAUUGCCUAGCUCUAAUAGAUAUCUGCUGGAGUAUCUUCUACGGUUUAUUAGUCGCUUGAGACCGAUGACACCGGAGUGCCAGAGCUUGAUUACGAAGAGGUUUAUGGCUGCGCUCACGCAGCAGACUAUCUGGAUGAAGAGCGCCUUUUAUCCUUCCGGUAGAAAUUUUCAGAAGCUACGACGAGGUACAGCGGCGAAACUGAACGAAUUUUUCAUCAGAAUGAUGAACUUGAUAGAAGAGGUGAACACGCAAGAAAUGGAGAAACCAUGGACUUCGAAAUUGGAUUUGGCGUCUGGCCAGUUGGAGGAAAUGGAGGCAGAGCCGAUGGAUGAAACAUCCUAG